GUUAGAAAUCUCUACAACUAAAAACCAUCCCGCAAUUAAAAUAUGAAUUCGUCAAAACCAUGUCCUAACGCCUUUUGUAGUUUCCGAAAAUAAGAAGCAGAAUAUAAAAGAAUUUGACAAAAGAUUCAGAGCGUCGGGUCUAAGUUUGACCGUCAAACUAAAAAGUUAAUAAUUUUGCAUUGUUCAGCAGUGCUGAAUCAGCACUAUUUAAUUUUUCUUUAAGUACAGUUAGUUAUGUAGGACUAUGACUGACUGACUUUUAUUGCUAUUGAAUUAAUUUGUAGUUGAUUCUUAAACAUAGACUAAGGUUGAGAUAUGAAAUUGUGCAGUUUUGCCAGUGCAGUUUUGCCUUGAGUUUAGCAGUUUUAUAAUUAUUUACAGACAAGUUAUCUACAUUUAUUUUUUGUCGCUGCAGAAAAAUUUUGAAAAUGUAUCUAGCCAUAUUUUCUCUCGUCGUAUUUUCUGACUUUGUGCAUUCAGAAAAUAAGAGCUACAACUUUACCACGUUUUGCAACUGUCCCUCUUAUGGAGUACCUCGUAAGUCGUACUGUGGUCACGAAAUUUCAGCCGUAGAUACAGAUUGUAUGACACAUGCACUCUACAAAUGCAUCAACGGUCCCAACAAGGCCACCACAGUGUUAAAAUAUUGUGAAAAUUCCCGAUGUGGCAAAGUUCCGGUCGGCAAUAGAUUCACUUCUGAUUGCAUGGAUUUGUUUAAGGAAGAUUAUUUUGAAGGCUGCUGGUUUCCUAAACUCCAAGAUGGAUAUAAAUAUGCGGGCAAAAUGUUUUACUACGACACGAUAAGAGACGACGAUAUGCUCUUCCAUAUCUUUCGCAGAACUGGGAAGAAUACGUGGGUCAAUACUACCUUCCGGCGAUAACCCAUCUUUUUCAUGCACCAUUUCCGCUAAUCUUUCAAUUUUUUCACUCACUAUCUUCCUCGGGACGCAAUUACAUGUUAAGUUUUCUCAAAGGAAAUUAUUGAAAUUCUUUAUAUAUUUUAUGAAUAACUUGACCCGCAUGUGUUACAAUUUAAAACUAAAUUCCCAAUUGUGACAAAAUUAACUGCCAACUUCUUAGUUUCAGGAAAACCGUUUCUAUUUCGAUACUGCAGUUAAAUUAAUUUUGCAGCGCAUGUUCUUAAUAGUGAAAGUUAAGAUUUAAUAACAAUUAAUUGAGCAAUUAGUGAUCCCAUGUGUUGCUCAUAUGAUUUGGAAGAUAUUGGGUCAAAUUAUAUGAAUGAGCGAAGACGCCUAAAUUAAUAAGUAUUCCUAUUUCUUACAUGAAAAAUAUGAGACUGUUGUUCCUUAAAAAGCUGAAACAUUGUAUAUUAAAUAAAAUUUGAUGUAUAAGUAUUCAUAAACUGCUAAAUAAAUUUGACUAAAUGUGCAUGCAGACUAGAA